GUCUCGGAAGCGUCGAUAAUAAUAGCUAUACACCUGCGAAUGGCCAUGGAAAUGCUCAUCAUAGCUAUAUGCCUGCGAAUGGGACGCCGUUUGCUGCCAAUGGGAGUGCGAGUACGAAUAAGAACAAGAGAAUGUCUAGAUUAUUUGCGUAGUAGGAAAUGUGAGAGAUAUGAGGGAAAAGAGAGAGAGCAAGAGAGCAGGAGAAGUGCAGAGCAGAGAUGAUGACGCACUUUCUUCUCCUUCACAGCAGGGCAAUGCAUGCAUGCAUUCAGUUGCCACCGGAAAAAGGUAUUUACCCUCCAUGAGAGGUGCUGCUGAUGCUAGACUGCUGGUGCAGCCCCGUGCACUGUCUGAGCGCAUGCGCGCGCCAUCUCCGAUUUGAGCCAAGCAAAGCAAAAGCAAGCAUGCCCAGGACUGAGUGAGGACUGGCCACCCAUUACUACCAAAGGUACCUACUUUACCUAGGCACCUUACAUCACCGCCAUGGAUCCGGAUCCAUUCCAUCUCUGCUGCUCCUCCGCCAAAACUUCAAGUCACUACCUACCAUAUACUUCCAUCCAUCCUUCUUCCAAGCCGAAAGGACAAGGAAGGAAAUAUUCACUUGCGAAAGAGAAAGAAUUAAACUUCCAUCCAUAUACGAGAAAGAAUGGAAGGAAGAAAGCAAGCAAGCAACUUUGUUACCGCGCAAAGUACCUACCUACCUACCCAUGGAAGGAAGAACUUUCUCUUUCUACCUUCAGUCUUCACCGCGCGGAAUUUUGGAUACCAAUGUGAUUGAGAGAAGAGUUAUUUUCACAUGCCCCUUUUCUUCUUCCUUUUGCAUGAGGAGGAGGAAAAGGAGGAGCGAGAAUCGAGAAUCGAGAAUCGACUACGGGCUUGAGAUCACUCACUCACUCACUACAUGGAUACUAUCGCCGCUGUACUCAAGUGCAAGUGCAAGUGCACAAGAGAAACGAGGGGAGAAAGGGUAGUAUGAGUAGAAGGAAGUCGCGGAGGAAGGAUGUUGGAAGAAGAAGAAGAAGAGAUUGGGGUUGGGGUUGGGGUUACUCUCAUUUCGUUGAGUGAUGGCUCGAAUAGGAGAGAGAGAGAGAGAGAGAGAGAAUGCGUGUAUGUGCGAUGAAUGAGGGAUGAUCAAUCAAUGCGUCGCCCGCGUCGGUGAUUAUGAAUCCC